CUUGACGCAAGCGAGAGAAAGCUACUCGGCAGAUGCACAAAAGGAACGCACGGACCUGCAGCAGCGAUGGGAAUCAAACUGUACUACACCACCGUGACUGCCUCCCGGACGGUGAAGUCUCAACAGGCAGAAGUGAUGCGAAUCCUUGAAAGUAAAAGCAUCCAGUUCAAGCUCAUCGACAUCUCUGUGGGCAGAGAGGUUUGUGACGAAAUGAGAAGCAAAGUGGGGAACCCGUCAGCUGUUCCUCCCCAGCUGUUCAACGAAGACCAGUACUGUGGGGACUACGACAUGUUGUCUGAGGCGGUGGAAGCAGAUACAGUCGACCAAUUUCUGAAGAUGGCGUGAGAAAUACGGAGUGUAAUUCUCAGUCUUAACCCCAUAUCCCCUCACACCCUGUGCCCUAAUGGAGGCCCUUCAUCCAGUCUCUCUCUGCUCCACUGGCAGUAUCCACUCACUUUCAAUGCCAUAACGGAGAAUGCCAAAUAUCUAAUUAAUCAGAAGACACACAUUCCCCCUACUGCUCCAUUAGUCUUAAUCUGUUUUUUUUCCUCUUCUUUCCUUUUGAUUUCUUUCUGACCUUCUCCCCUUCUGACAGACUAGUGUUACUAAGUGCUCCCAGGAAGCAAUGGGGUGUCUAAAUGUGCAGUAAUUAGGUUGACUAAUCUCGGCCGCGGCCACAUGAUCGCUGGAGUUUAAACUAAUCUGGAUGACAACGUUCAACCCAGAAUCUUCCUGAUCCGCUGCACACCAAACGCACAGUCUUAACUACUUUUGUCGUCUUUCUCUGUAGCCUUCCAGUUCCCAUGUUUGUACUUGACCGCACACUAUUUUUUACUUCGCGUUGAUGCAAAUGCACUGGGAAGUAGCAAGGACUGUAAUGUCCUGAAACCCAAUUAAUCGUAAGACUUGGAGCUGCUGAAAGAUGCCUUUUUUGGCAUAUACAGCUUUUUGUAAUUUUGGUCCAUUGGUCACUUCAUGCAACAUUUGACGUCUUGUGCUCAUCUGACGUUAAUCUGAUGGCGAUAAUGCCAACAGAACUCAAAACAUGUACAUUUUUGACAAAUAUUAAAAGUACAAAUUACUUCAAUUAAGCCACACACUUAUGCUUGUCUGUGACACAAAGGUAACAAACAAAAUUACAUUCAGACGCAUUAAGGUCUACCAAACGUCUUGGGUACAUUUCCUUCAUUACAUUUGCAAAGACGUUUUAAAAAAAAAAAUACAUUUUAUAUUGUUUACAUCCUUGUUUGCUAGCAGGCAGUGUUCUUCCUCUCCGACUUUUUGAACAAAUUGUUACUCUUCUUUGCGCUUUACUGCCACCGACUGGCAAUCUGUGUAGGGCGACACUGGUGGCAGGAGUGUGUAUUGCUUGCGUGCACGAUAAGAACAAAGUGGGGACCCGCUUGUAAAAACUGUAGCGCUACUAUUAGUGACAAAUCCACAGGGUACCUUUAAGCUAAGUCUUGCAAAUGUCUGUAAAUUGCCAUCAGCCGCAGUGUCUUUUUUUUUAUAUACUCAAAUAUAUAUCAGUCAGAAAUCAGACAUUUUCAAAUCGUACACAUUGUUGCAUUAAAGGUGCAGUGAGUUGGAUUUGGCGACAUCUAGUGGUGAGGUUUGCAGAUUGCAACCAACUGAAACUUCUCCCGCGUGUCAAGCGUGUAGGUGGCUGAUGGCUGAUAUAUAUUCCCCUAAAUACUAUACACUGUUCCUUUCAUUUAUAAUUGGUGACCAGUUGUAGCUUCUAUUUAGUGCAAUGAGGUCGUGCCUCAUCUAUUGUUUGUGCCUGUCGGGGGUGUUAACAUACUACAGUUGAAAUCAACAAAUUACAAUAAUCUGUUUAUUUACAUUUUACUGCGCAGGCAACAAAAAAAUGGAUUCAGUAUUCCCCAACCAACAUACUGUUCAGUGUGGAAACAUUUAUACUUUCAUGAGAGGAAAUCCAAUUUACAGGAAACAUAAUUGAACAGUUAAAAUUAUCUCUCUCUCUCUCUCUCUCUCUCUCUCUCUCUCUCUCUCUCUCUCUCUCUCUCUCUCUCUCUCACUCUCUCUCUCUCUCUCUCUCUCUCUCUCUCUCUCUCUCUCUCUCUCUCUGAGACCCCUGUUGGAAUCAACGAUGUGUGACAAUGGUCACCAAUGGGCCAGACUUAUUUAAAAGCUUGGUGUGGUUGAACAUUUCAGUAGUUGGCUGCUUGAUUUUAGCACCCAGUAGAGCAGAAUGAACAACUUUUCUUACUCAAUCGGUGCCAAUAUAUAUCUUUGCAGGUGGAUUUUCACCGUAUUAUUAGCACUUACCUGUUAUCUUCUACGUUUUCCAUAAUCCGUAUAGUUUAGAAGCUUUGUUUCAGGCUCCGUAUGGCUGACUGACUGCACACACUUAGAAGGGAGCAUUCCAUGUCGAUUGUAAAUGAUAAGAUGGAAAAGAUGUGAAUCUUCUCGCUUUUCAACCACGUAGCUUGUCAUUCCUCCUGUUUAUUCAAAUGUUACAGUUUCACAGACUGUCCCGGGCAUGAAGAUGCGGUAAUGUGACUAUGCACUGACACCCUGCCUCACUCUGAACACAGAGAAAAAGGUCAACGCUGGUGUGUUUUAAAUUGAGCUGCCUCAGUCUUACUGGCCUUAGGGAACACUCGCCACAUGGGAAACAUGAAGGCUUUACUUAUUUUCUCUUCUAUGUAUGCACAUUCAUUCAGUUAUAUAUCAUGUUCAUGUUUUGGGUUAUUUGUCUUUUUUAGUUUUUUUUUUUAAAUCAAGAACGACGUGUUUUUUUCCUCUCUAACUCUUCUGUCAACACUCUCCUCUGCUUUCAAAAUUGUGUUGUCACAGUUUGGGAUCCCCGGUAAAGAUGGCCUUCACACACAAUGUUUGUGCAGUGUUUUGUAAGUUGGUGGUUGUAGAUGUUUGCCUGAUGUAUAUCCACUAUGAAUCAUGUUUUAGACAUUCCAUGUCUCUCUCCUGCUUUGCUUUUGGACCAAUUCCCCUGGGCCCAAAAAAAAGAAAAAUAGGGACUAAAAUGCUGUUGUCUUCCAAGAAGAUUGUGAAAAAUGAUUUAUGGGUGAACAAAAAAUAAUAAAAUGGGAGUUGAAUCUA